GCGGCGGCGAUAGCGGCGCCCCGGGCCGACGGCGGAGUCCGGGAGCGGUGGGGGCGGAUGCCCACUCCCCUUGCAGCCCUCCCUGCUCGGAUCCCCACUCGGGCAGAGCCGAGGGGGCGCCGCACGCGCCUUGGCCGCGCUCCCUCCCCGCGCGCCCGCUGCCCAACUUUGCCUCGGGAUGGCAGCCGAGUGAGCAGCCCCGGCAUGCGCGUCAACGCGAGCGGGCCGAACGGCUCUCAGCCGCAGGACCAGCUCACCUUGGACAGGCCCCCCUGGGUGGCCUCCACCCUGGCCGCCAUCCUCAUCUUCACCAUCGCGGUAGAUAUCCUGGGCAACGUGCUGGUGAUCCUGUCCGUGUACAGGAACAAGAAGCUGAGGAACGCGGAUGUGCAGUGAACUUCUGGAUAUCCUGACCAAGAGUGGAGGACUCAAGGAACAUCUGGAUAGCAGAAACAGGUUUUCAAUUUUAGAAGAUCAAAUGCUAACAUGAAAACUCAGGAUCCAAAGACAAGACAGUGAACAGUGAAUGGCAAUGGAAAUUUGUAGUUUAAAACUUCAGGUAGCUUAAAUGGUAAGCAAAUGGUGUAUGUGGUGGGGCUUGGGAGUAUCCAUUUGCGGUUGCAGUUAUUUGAGAGUAAGCCCCACUGAACUGUAUUGGACUUCCCUUUGAAGGAGACCUAUAUAGGACUGUGCUAUGAAUUGUUGCAUCUGGCAGUGGGUGGACAAAAAUGAGAAUACAAGUAAUCAUUUUCAAAAUGCAUUCAUCUAGGCAGCCCAGAAUAACCUGCUAGUACACAAGCAAUAAAAUACAGCACUAUUCUCAA